GUACAGAAAAAAAUUAUAUUAGCAGAAAUCUAGAAAAUUAAAAAUCAAAUGAAAGUGUCUAUGACAUAUUGGCUGAAAAAGCACCAUAGUGCAGGUUCUGUUGCGAUUUCUGAGUCCAAAUUCGCUGUGACAUUUUAUUAUUGACCGGAUUUUACAAUAUUUAAAAUACAAUAGAAUUUUUUUCAUUUAUUUAUAUUUGUGGCAGCUAAGCAUAAUGGGGUUCAAUGAUAUGCUAAAUUAUAUUGUUUAUGAUAAUCCAAUUAGUAAAUCUACGAUGUCAUUCUUGUCGGGUAAAAAUUUUUCAACAGCAUCCACUCCCCCUUCAGUUACGAUUAUCACAGAAAAGACUCCCUUGUGGAAGUUGGCUGCAGAACAUGGCCCUUUUAUCAAAAUUGCUGGUGUCAUGGGAGCCUCUGCCGUAGCAUUAAGCGCUUACGGAGCCCAUAGAUCAUAUCCCAAAGAUCAGGCUGACGAACUAAGAAAAAUUUUCGAGACUGCCAACAGAAUUCACUUUAUCCACAGUGUAGCCAUUUUCGGAGUGCCCAUGUGCAGAUAUCCAAUGGUGGUUGGAGGAUUGAUGGUAACAGGCACAGCAUUAUUCUCAGUAACAUUGUACUACCACGCCUUCACCGGAGAUAAAAAACUAUCAGGUCUUGCACCAAUUGGAGGAACCUUGUUAAUAUUAGGAUGGCUAUCAAUGGUUAUAUGGAUGAACUACAUCCUGUGAUGUGUACAAAACUAUUUAACUCAAUUUUAGUUGUAAUUAUUUUCCAUCAGUGAAAUCAAAUAAAGUUGUAAGUCCAAUAUUA